AUGUCUAAACAUAGAAGAACCAAAUCAAGUGGAAAUUAUUUCUAAAUUAAUCAUGAGUAUUUAGUUAAAGAUGAUGAUUUUGAAUAUAAUGAAACUAAAUUCAUUAUACAGAAAAUACAAUAAAUGGCUACUUAAACUUAAUAAAUUGUAGAAAAACUUGAUGUAAAUACAUAAGGAAUGUAUAAUAACUUAUUUAACUUUGGUAAAUAACAAUCCAAAGAAAAAGCUGAUUUGAAUUUAAGUUAAAUUUCAGAGUGUAGUUGUAAAACAUACUAUUUUUUAUCAAAAAAGCAACUCAUUCAGCUGAAUAUCCUAGUCUUAAAUUACGUAACUAAACCAUUUAAUCCCCUAUUCGUAUGAAUACUUAAAAUAGUUAAAGUUUACAAUAGACUAUAUAAUACUUAGAGUAAGAAAUCGAAUAAAUGAAAAUGAAAUAGGAUGAAUUGCAUACAGUUAAUAUGUUUUUAUUAUAAGAAACUUAAAAAAAUCGUUAAGAGUUAUUAAGAAGUUAAAAAGUAAGAUUAAAUUAUAAAUAGAAAAAUGAAGAAAGGAUUAAAUAACUUAUUUAAAAGAUUGAUAAAGAGUAAUCUAAUACAAAUGGGUAUUUUUAUAAUUUAUUUUUAACAGUAGUACUUCAGAUGGUCUAGAUUGA